CCCCCCCCUCUCUCUCUCUCUCUCUCUCUCUCUCUCUAGCCUCUCAUAUGCAUAAUAUUUCAACCCAGCAAGAAAGACUCACGUCGCCACCUGCUCUUUGUCUGUUUACUCUUUGUUUCAACGAUUCCCUUGUGCGGAGAAAAUGUUGGGAAACUGUGAGAAGAUGGUACUCAUCCCUCCAACUAGAAACGAAUGGUCACAGCAGCACCAGAUAGAUGAUCCAAAGGGCUUGAUGGGUUCUGCGGGUAUGGAAAAACCAGUCCUAGACCAACAAAAUCAACAACAACAACAGCAGCAGCAAGCCCUGAGGUGUCCUCGCUGUGAUUCAUCGAACACAAAGUUCUGCUACUACAACAACUACAGCUUGUCUCAGCCAAGGCACUUCUGCAAGGCCUGCAAGCGUUACUGGACAAGAGGUGGCACUCUAAGAAACGUUCCUGUCGGCGGUGGGUGCCGGAAAAACAAGCGCGUGAAGAGGCCUACAGCAGCUUCCGCCAUUGAUGGAGCUCCAAGCGCAAAUCCAGACCCUCCCUCCCAACCGCACAUGGAUAUAUCUUCUUCGACAUCAAAUCAUAUCAAUCCUAUGUUUUAUGCAUCUGAUGUGAGAUCACUCCCAUUUCCCAGGUUCAAUAUUCCGAGAGUUUCAAAUGAAACUGUUUCUGGAUAUGAUCUCCAACCACAGAUGAAUGCUCUUGGACUAGGGUUUUCGUCUGGAAUUAUGUCUAAUGAUGCUAGUGAGAAUGAUUACCGAAAUGGGUUUAAUCAUCCUGCUAAGCAAAUCCAAGAUCUCUCAAGUUAUUCCAUCUUCGGCUCCUCAGCUAAUUCUACUACCACUUCUCCAACCAUGGCUUCCCUGCUAACCUCUAGCUUUCAUCAACAGAAAUUCGUCAAUGGAGGUGUUAAAGACAGUCGAGCACCCAAUCACUUUCAAGCCUUUGGACCGUUUGAAGGGUUGCAAUUAAUGGGUAAUACUGAAGCUGGGAUUUCCAUGAAAGAAGUGAAAGUAGAAGACGGCCAAAACAGGUCGGAUUGGAAUCAAAUGGAACAAGUCGGGUUGUCGGAUCCUGCUCUUUACUGGAAUGCAACAAGUAUUGGUGUUUGGAAUGAUCCUGGAAACAUCGGGUCUUCGGUCACUUCUCUGAUCUAGCAAAGACAAAAAGUCAUUUAAUUUCCAGUGUCUCCCUCCUUUUCAGUCAUUUUAGUUACUUAGGUUUCUGUUUAUUACUUCUGUUGUAGUGAAUUUGAUGGUCACAGUGGGAAAAAAAAGAAGAAAAAGAAAAAAAAAAAGGGAAAAAAAGAAAAGAAGCACGAUUUCAUAAUGAAGCAACGAUGGGAGGAACGGGAUCGGAGCGAUCAUGUCAGCUGCAAAGAAUCAGCCUGUUAGUUUUAUUAUCAAGGUUGAGACUCGUCGAUUGCGCUGAGAGGAACCUCGGAUCCUCUUCAUCUCAUCGCCUGGGUAUUAUCAGUGUGGAAGGUUUAACUUCCUUGAGGAUAUUGAGGAUGCUUUGGAGCAACCUAGUUGAUGAUAAGUAAGUAGGUCUUUAUUUUGUAUGUAUAUAUAUGCAUGACCAUGUCCUUUUUCCUUUCCAAUGUAUUGGUUAAUUACUAGGUGGGGGUUGGGGGUAUAUGUUCCAGUCCUCAAUGAAGAUCAGCUGAGGAACUAAUAAUUUUUUAUUUAAUUUUACUUUUACUUUUUUGGGUUUUUUUUUUUUCUGGGGAAGGGCUGGGUAUAAUGGUAUAGGAAGAGAGGGAGAUUUGUUAUUCCAAUGUGGCUUUUUAGUUUAUGUGGUUGGCAUUGGUUACAUGCUGUUUUGCUUUGGUGUUUUGAUGUUAUGGAUAAGGAACUGUGCUUUUGGAAAA